AUGGCGCAGUCAACGUGGGAGGUUUCCGGUGAUAUGGAUGUCUCCCAGUGUAAGAGGGGAGUAGAACAAGCAAGAGGGGUUGUGAAGGGCAUGGCAUGUGCCUUGAUCGGGGUUAAGAGAACGCUGUAUGUCAUUUUACCUUGUCUACGAGAUGGAGGUUGGGUUGGUGAGGAUGAGGGAACCAUCAACGCAGCCGGAAAAGAGCAGUGCGGACACCGAGCCGAGAUUAUGGAGAAAUGCCAGACGCGUCAGGUUAAUAUCACCUUCCAGAUUGUUGCCUUUGAUUGUGACAGGCAGGUUGACGGCUACCUCCGAGAGCACAGCACAAACGACAGGCUUGCUGCCGAGUCAGAAUCGUCACAGGCGGAAUGA